AGAUAUAGGAAGAAAGAAAUGAUUUUUCCUUACAGAGAAUACAAGAAUUGUUUCAUUUUCCCUUUUUUCUCUUUCACAUUCACAUUCCCAUUCCCGUCUCCUCCAAACCCUCGCUUUAUUGUUGUUCUACGACUAUGGCUCUUUCUUCCCGCUUAACCUCCAUAUUGCCCCUCUCGUUUCACUUAAUCCCCGCCAUAUCCUGUUCCAGAGCUGUACACACCUUCCCUUCAACCUCACAACCCCCUCCUCUCGCAAAGAAAGUUCCUUUCACACUCUCUGCUCCUGGACUCACUUGGCAGGACCCUUACUAUUGGAUGAGAAACACCAAUGAUCCUGAUUUUAUUGACUACCUCAACCAAGAAAAUUCUUAUGCUCAAGCUUUUAUGGCUGACACGGAAAACCUGCGCCGUACUCUCUUCUCUCAGAUGAAAAACAGAAUGCCCGCCAGAAUUUCAACUCCUCCUGAGCGUUGGGGACCUUGGUUGUACUACCAGUACAUACCAGAAGGGAAAGAAUACCCAGUUCUAUGUAGGAGCAUAGGGAACGAGGAAAGAGGUUGGAUGAAGACUAUUCUUCGCAAUGUGAGAGGACAAUUUGGAAAGGAGGAGAUUUUGCUUGAUUGGAAUGAAAUUGCUGAAAAAAUUGGUUAUGUUCAUGUGGGUACAUGUCGAGUUUCUCCGGACCACAAUUUUUUAGCAUACACACUUGAUACUUCUGGCUGUGAACAAUUCAUGCUACAAAUUAAGGACCUCAGAAAUGGAUGUAUGGUUCCAAGGUUACCAGUUGAUGGGGUUGUCAGCUUGGCAUGGGCUCAAGAUAGCAAGACUCUCUUUUAUACUAUCUCGGAUGAAAAUCAACGGCCUUCCAGGGUCCUCUGCACAAAGCUCAGUUCGGAUGGUACUGAUGAUAUCCCAGUUUUUUCAGAAAGGGAUUCCAACUUUUGUGUGGAUAUAACAAGCACCAAAGAUGGCAAGUUCAUAACUGUGAAUUCAAACUCAAGGACUUCUUCCGAGGAAGGUAUAUGUGAUAGAUGCAGCCGACCCAUUAGGUGGCUACAUAAAGUACAUAAGCGUGUUUCUGGAGUACAAUAUUUUUUGGAACAUCACUAUGGUUUAUUCUAUAUUCUCACAAAUGCUCCUCUAGGUGAAAAUGAGGGAUCGUUGGUUGGAAACUAUUACUUGACUACGUGCCAAGUUGAAGAAAUGCACUCAGCUAACUGGCAGAAUAUCAUUCUUCCAGGUGAAGAUAUCAGCUUACAAGAUAUGGACAUUUUUAAUGGACAUCUGGUGCUCUCUCUCAAUAAGAAAGGUGUCCCCAUGUUAUGUUCUAUCAGUUUACCAAUGAACUUUGAUUGCAAGCAUCAGAUGGAGCUUGAGAAUCUUAAUCCAUGGUUUUUUCCUCUGCCAUCAUACUCAUGUAGUGUGCUUCCUGGUUCAAACCAUGAUUUCAUGAGCUUUGUAUACCGUGCAGUGCUUUCAUCUCCUGUGAUGCCCGAUGUGAUUGUCGACUACGACAUGUUGAGACAAACAUUCUCAAUUGUUCAGCAAGAGGAAGUUAGGGGUGUUUCUGGUAAUGCUGGAUUCUUUUCUUCUGCACAUGAGCUAGACACCACAGAACUUAUCAACACACAUAACUACAAGGCUGAUAAUUACCAAAAUAUCGGAUUGCAGAAAUGGAAGACCUUUUCCAGUUCCUAUUGUUGUGAGACAAGGGAAGUUGUCUCCCAUGAUGGUGUUAAGGUUCCAUUGACCAUUUUGUUCUCAAAAAAAUCCUGGCAGAGGGAUCAGUGUCCUGGACUCUUACAAGCCUAUGGAGCAUAUGGAGAAGUUCUGGAUAAAAGUUGGUGUGCAGACCGCUUGAGUUUACUCGAUCGUGGUUGGGUGCUGGCAUUUGCUGAUGUUAGGGGUGGUGGUGGGGAUGAUUCUUCAUGGCACAAAUUUGGAAGUGGAUUAUAUAAAAGAAAUUCUAUUGAUGAUUUUAUAUUAUGUGGCAACUACUUGGUUAAUGAGGGCUUUGUUUGUCGAAAUAAACUUGGUGCCAUUGGAUAUAGUGCGGGAUGUAUACUCGUGGGGGCAGCAAUAAACAUGUUCCCAAAAUUGUUUCGUGCUGCCAUUUUGAAGGUUCCAUUUCUUGAUAUCUGCACCACAUUGUUGGACCCCAGCUUACCUCUUACCACGCUUGACUACGAAGAAUUUGGCAACCCUCAGAUACAAUCCCAAUUUGAGUACAUUCGAAGUUAUUCUCCUUAUGAUAAUAUUCCUUGUGGUGUUUGCUGUCCUUCAAUGCUAGUUACAUCGUCGUUUCAUGAUUCAAGAGUUGGAGUCUGGGAAGCUGCCAAAUGGGUAGCUAAAGUACGGGAAAUCACUUGUUCUGCUUGUUCUCGGUCAGUAAUUCUGAAGACAAAUAUGAAUGGAGGGCAUUUCGGAGAAGGCGGUCGGUAUAGUCAAUGUGAGGAAACGGCCUAUGAUUAUGCUUUUCUGAUGAAAGUUAUGGGGAGUUGAUAGCAAUGUCAAACAUGACAAACUUUUUGGGGGAACAGAGCUGAAAGUUAGACUCCCAAGAAAUUUUGAUGAUUUAUGGGUGCAUUUAAUACUUCAUUUAAGAUUGAAACCCCUAUAAUUAACCAGGUUAAUAACCCAAGAGAUUUUGAUGAUAGCA